GCGCGGGCAGUGCGCAGCUGUCACCCCGCGGGCGGGGGUCAUGCGGAACGUCCCUCAGCUCUUGAGCGGACCCACGUGCCUCUUUGCCGGCUGGCUGAGCAGCCAGCGUAGCGUGCAACUGUGCAGCUUGCAGCAGGCUUUGCUCCACUCCCGGCACACAAAGCAGAACUGCGCCCGCCCCCCUCUCGUUCUUCUGGGUUAGGCUGGGAGCGCGGGGAGGGGAGCGUUGCUGUUUGAAUGAGAAAUUCACCCAUCUCCCCGCUCCCACGGGAGGAGCCCUGGGGAAAAGAAAAAGAGAGAGAGAGAGAGAGAGAGAGAGGCGGGAAGGGAGGGGGGGUGCCCCGCCCGCUCGUUUGAGCAAGGAGGCGGCCGCAGAGACCAUCUCCCGUGGAAGGCCGCGCGAGCGCCGCCUUCCCCCGCGCGUGGGCGGCCGCCGCUAGGGGGAGCUGUGCUACAGAGAGAGAGGGGAGAGGCAGCUGCCGCAGGAGGCGAAAGAUCUUCCCCCCCCGCCCCCGCCCCCGCGCCCGCGCUAUUUCUUCAGCCCAGGCUGCCCCCUGCCUCCUCAGCUCUGCGCUGCCGCUGUCAGUAGCGGCGGCCGGACGAGCCGCGGAGUCCCCCUACAGCCCCGCCGCGGAGCAGAGGCGGAGGGGACCGGGACCGGGACCGGGGCCGCGGCUGCUGCCGGCUUCCAGUUCUCUCCUCCUCCUCCCACCCACCCAGCUGUGUUAGUCUUCGUCCCGGCUGCCUUUGCUGCCGCUCGCCUUCCCGCUCUCCCAGCUGCUUUUGGUUUCCCUCUUGCCGUCGGUUUCCCCCUGUGCCCUGACCGGCGGGGUGUAAAUCUGAACGAGCCAAAAGCGGCGAGGGGGAGCCGCUCCGCGCGAAGGAAGGGCGGCGAGGUUGCUCGCGGAGCUGCCCGACCAGCCCCCAUCCAACCAUCCGGUAAGAAAGUAAAGAAGCCAGCCAGGGUGACACCGACUCGCCCGGAGGAGGAGGAGGAGGAGGAGAAGCAGCAGCGCGUCUUCUCUCCCGUCUCGCCUCCUUUCCGUCCCCGCUCUUCCCAGCCCCUCUCUUCCUCCGAGCCGCCGGCAGGAGCAGCCUGGACUCACGAUGGCUUCAACCCCUGCCUGCACCAGGUUCACCGACGAGUACCAGCUCUUCGAGGAGCUUGGAAAGGGGGCGUUCUCAGUGGUGAGAAGAUGUGUGAAAAUUCCUACAGGACAGGAGUAUGCUGCCAAAAUUAUCAACACUAAAAAGCUGUCUGCUAGAGAUCAUCAGAAAUUGGAAAGGGAAGCUAGAAUCUGUCGCCUUUUGAAGCACCCUAAUAUUGUACGGCUUCAUGACAGCAUAUCAGAAGAAGGAUUCCAUUACUUAGUCUUUGAUUUAGUCACUGGAGGUGAACUGUUUGAAGAUAUAGUUGCAAGGGAAUAUUACAGUGAAGCAGAUGCCAGUCAUUGUAUACAGCAGAUUCUAGAAAGUGUUAAUCAUUGUCACCUAAAUGGCAUAGUUCACAGAGACCUGAAGCCUGAGAACUUACUUUUAGCUAGCAAAUCCAAGGGAGCAGCUGUAAAAUUGGCAGACUUCGGAUUGGCUAUAGAAGUUCAAGGAGAACAACAGGCUUGGUUUGGUUUUGCUGGUACACCAGGAUAUCUUUCACCAGAGGUGUUACGAAAAGAUCCUUAUGGGAAGCCAGUGGACAUGUGGGCAUGUGGUGUCAUUCUCUAUAUUCUCCUUGUGGGAUACCCUCCUUUCUGGGAUGAAGACCAGCACAGACUCUAUCAGCAGAUCAAGGCUGGUGCUUAUGACUUUCCCUCACCAGAGUGGGAUACAGUGACUCCUGAAGCCAAAGACCUCAUCAAUAAAAUGCUUACCAUCAACCCUGCCAAACGUAUCACAGCAUCAGAGGCACUGAAGCAUCCAUGGAUAUGUCAACGUUCUACUGUGGCCUCUAUGAUGCACAGGCAGGAGACUGUAGAUUGCUUGAAGAAAUUCAAUGCAAGAAGAAAACUAAAGGGGGCCAUUUUGACAACUAUGCUGGCUACCAGAAAUUUCUCAGCAGCAAAAAGUUUACUGAAAAAACCUGAUGGAGUCAAAAAAAGGAAGUCCAGUUCGAGUGUUCAAAUGAUGAUAAACAACAAAACCAACGUGGUAACCAGCCCCAAAGAAAAUAUUCCUACCCCGGCGCUGGAGCCCCAAACUACAGUAAUCCACAACCCUGAUGGAAAUAAGGAGUCAACAGAAAGUUCCAAUACGACUAUUGAAGACGAAGAUGUGAAAGCUCGUAAGCAGGAGAUUAUCAAGGUUACUGAGCAGUUGAUUGAAGCUAUCAACAAUGGGGACUUUGAAGCUUACACAAAGAUCUGUGAUCCAGGCCUUACAUCUUUUGAACCUGAAGCUUUGGGGAAUCUAGUGGAAGGGAUGGACUUUCACAGGUUCUACUUUGAAAAUGCUUUGUCCAAGGGUAAUAAGCCAAUCCACACCAUUAUCCUCAAUCCCCAUGUCCAUCUUGUGGGUGAUGAUGCUGCCUGCAUUGCAUACAUACGGCUGACACAGUACAUGGAUGGAAGUGGAAUGCCAAAGACUAUGCAGUCCGAGGAGACCCGGGUCUGGCACCGCCGUGAUGGCAAAUGGCAGAAUGUUCAUUUUCACCGUUCAGGGUCACCAACAGUACCGAUCAACUAAAAUUCAACGAUGCCACUCUUGCAUUCUCCGUACUCAAAGCACCUGAUUGGUUACCAUGUGGGCCAUCCUGUUCUUCUCUUCAUGCAUGUUUCUGAGUGCAUGAAGCUGUGAAGGUUCUACAUGUAAUGCAUUUGUGAUGCAUUGUUUUGCUGUAUAUUUCAUCUGUACAUUUUGUUUACACUUCAGUGAAGAGGAUGUUCCAAGCAAAUUGAAAAUGACAAAACAAACGAAAAAAAACAAAAAUCAGAGUACAGUAGUAGAUACACAAUCCACUUGUCAUUUUUCUCUAUUAAUGCGAAAUUUUAACAAAUAACUUCAAAAUUACUAGGUUUGUAAAAAAUAAAAGUUUGGCUUGUUUGUUUUCAAAACCACUGGGUUUUCUUUGGUCAUAGUAGAAUCAAUGAGCUUUCCAAUUACAGCUUUGCUACUGCAGAAUAGUUUUGUUGGAAGACAAAAAUGGAUAAAAUCACUGAUGAAUGUGAAAGCAAAAAUAUGUUGGAUUGGAACCAGCUGAAGCCAUUUUAGUUAUUAAACUGGAAAAAUUGUAUCAUUUUCUAGCUUGAACACGUUAGAAUUAUCUUCUGCUGUUCUGGCCAGUCAGUAACAUUUUUUGUCUUUCUAUUUUGAGUCUUUACCUUUACUUUUUUAUGCUAACUGAAAAUUUAUAUUGGGUGAUAGAAGAGCAAAAUUAAAAUUUGUGGGGAACGAAGACUGAGUGGGGAUAGUUUUUGAUGAUUAAAGUGAAAGGGUAAAACAAAAUAGAUUAUCAUCACUUUCAGGGUGUACAGUAAAUUUAUGAAGGAAGCUUUAGAGAAUUAUUUUAUUUUGUUUAUGCUCUGGUCCAGAUAUGUGGUUAGUUUAACCGAGUACUAUUAGGCCUUACAAGCUUAGUAUAAAGAGUUUGUCUACUUUCCGUUGUAGCGGCUCCUACUCUGGAAAACUAUCAUGAAUAUACCAAUUUUCUAAUGAUACUAUAACACUUUACAAUGGUGUUACGCCUCCCCCCCGCCCCAUUUUCUCUUGGCUUAUUAAAAUCCUUACACAGUGCAUAAUAUUAGGGACAACAGUUAUUGCAGCAUUACUUAGUAACUGUUUUGAGGGGUUUUUUUUCUUUUGCUGCAUACACCUGUACAGUAAGUAGGGAAUGCUCUCAGUGUCAAUUUAAAACAUAUACUUUGUGACCUGGACUGUUUUUGAUUCUGUUUUAUAGCUGUGAAUGUAUAUUCCUGCAAACAUUUAGAUUUUUGUCUCCCUUCUUUCCCCCCACCCAUUUUUAAUAGAAAAAUAGAGGGGUUGUCUGUUUCUUUUUUGUUUUGUUCAUUGUUUCAUUAUCAGUGGGGCUAACUGUUUUCUGCAGUGCUGUAUAGUGCAUGAUAUCUCAAUCAGUGUUCUUUUUAGCAAUUACAAUUUACAGCUCUCAGCAGCCUGAAAUUUUUAAAAUGGGAAGACUUCCUAAUUUGUAUAAUUUUACUUUCUGUGUUGAUUAUAAAUCAGAAGCGUUCCUUUACACUUUGAUGUUGUUGUUAGUGGAUGUACAGUAGAUGGAUUUUAGCUUCUCUGAUAAUUAUUACAUAACUUAAAACAAUGUAUAUUUAAAAUAAGCAUUUACAGUAAAUGUGUUGAGCCAUAUUAACUUGCCAAUGGGAUCUGUGAAAAACAAAAAAGUAAUGGCCUAAUUUUUUUCUCAUUAAUUUCUUUACUUUUUUUGUGAAGCAGCUAUAAGUAGUAUAAAUGUAUUUAAAUUUAACAAAAUUAGGUGUAGGGUGGGUUUUUUUUUUUUUACACACUUUUAACAUAUAGCAUGUGGUGUCGAUGUAUUACUGUAGAUCAAGUUUGUCUUCCACACCAAGACGUGAGGAAAUUGUGACUCGUUCUCUCCACCACAAUCAAAUUAUACACUUGUCUUCUGUCAUUUUGGAACACUGCAGUUUACCAUGGGACACAGUGUACGUAUUUCUUGCCAUAAUGGUAAAUGACUGACAGAUGUAUUUAAGGAUUAAUAAAUUUGUGAAUUCUGCUGA